AUGAAGGCGACCGCCGUUUUCCUCGCGCUCUGCGCCGCGCAUUUGGCGAUGUGCGCCCCAAUAGCGGAGUUUUACCCGGCGCAUGCGGUUGACACCUCGGGGAGGGAUCCCAAAGAUCCAGUGACACCAACGGCAUGGCUACCCAUCGGGCGCGGCGAUAAACAACAUCCAGUUGGUGAUGAGCACUCUCCACGAUCGCAGCCAAGACUCUCUCCCAUCGGCCUUCUUCCCUCUCUCUCAAAACACAGGACGCCAAAGAAAGAUAGGCAGGAAAGCCCGGAGAUGCGCGCAUUACGCUUGUAUUAUCCUGGGCAUCACGAGGACGAUGACAUACUCGAACUUCUUGAUGUUGAUGUCGUUGGGCCGCACCAGCCCGGAUUGCCGUGCCACGGAGGUCACCGCUCACACGAACGGAACGACAUGCUUAUCGUCUACCUAGCCGGGGCCUUCAUGCUGGUGGUUGUGGGGAUAGAGGCGUUUGGAACUAUACUACGGAGGGAAAGAGCAAUUAAGCUGGAAGAAACCUCGCAACCCCCACCUGCUAGUAUCUCGAUUCGGGCGGACGCGGGCGACGAGCUUGGCAUGAUGGAUGAGAAGCGCGGUGUAUGA